CCACAAUAAACGGCCAGCCAGCCAGCCAUCAGUCAGUUCGCCCACACAGCCAUCACAGCGCGCAGUGUUUUGUUCAGCCUUUGCUCAGCAUCGUUUACUGCAGUCUAGUUUCUGUUUCUUGCAAUGUCGCGGCUUGCGCAGGAUUCAUUCAUCUCCGACGACGAGGAGGAAGUCUGUCCUCUCUGCGUCGAGGAGUUCGACAUCUCCGACAAGGGCUUCAAGCCGUGUCCGUGUGGAUACCAGGUUUGCCAGUUUUGUUACAACAACAUCCGCCAGAAUCCACAGCUCAACGGCCGUUGUCCUGGAUGUCGAAGGCCAUACGACGACGAGUCUGUUGAGUACAGGGUCGUCACAGCCGAAGAAUGGCGACAGGACCACCAAAAACAGACCCGUCGUGAGAAGGAAAAGAGGCAGAAAGAGAGAGAGCGCAAGGAAAUCGAACAGGCCUCCCGAAAGCAUCUCUCUGGUAUGCGUGUCAUCCAGAAAAAUCUCGUGUAUGUCGUCGGCCUCAACCCGCAUAUACCACACGAAGAACUCCACAACACCCUCCGUGGCGAUCAGUUCUUUGGACAGUACGGAAAAAUUCAGAAAAUCGUUGUCAACCGCCGAAAUGGCGGUGCUGGAAAUGGUGGCAUCGGUGUCUAUGUCACCUAUUACAGAAAAGAGGAUGCUGCCAAAUGCAUCGCCGCAGUCGAUAACUCCACCAACGAUGGAAAGAUCUUGAGAGCUGCCUACGGAACCACUAAAUACUGCUCCUCAUACCUGCGCAACCAGCCAUGUCCCAACCCGAACUGCAUGUUCCUGCACGAGCCUGGUGAGGAGGCCGAUUCGUACACUCGACAGGACCUCUCUACCAUUCAACACGCCGCCAGACAAGGCGACAGCAAAUCGGGGCUUACACGGCAAACAUCAGCAAAGACCACCUCCUCCUCCACCAAGGCUGCAGACGACAACCAUGCCGAGUCUACUGAGUCCUCUGCUCUGCCCCCGACUGCUUCCUGGGCUGCGAAAGCCUCACCUCCCAUGCAAAACUCCAAGCUUACGCGGCCAUCUCAGCAAACUGCUUCGCCAGUGAAGGCUCCCGCCAUCUCACAGGUAACCAACAAUGCUCCAACUGCCUCGGAAACCACCACAAUAACUUUGCAGAGCGAUCCACCAACCCAACCCGCAAAGCAGGAGCAGGUGCCGCCCAUCACAUUCAGCGCCGACAAAGUCCCCGAAGACCGCAAUGCCACUGUUCAGCUGUUUGAGAGUGCUUUGAAGCUGCUCUCCACUACAUCGUCUGUCAAGUUUUCGUUUUCUUCGCAGCUUCUUGCUAAAGAAGAGAUGAUGGGAGCUCAGUCUAUGCCGCCGUUGUUUGCUUUUUCAGACAAAGUUCAGAGCAGCUACCAGACUGGCUCGUCCGACACAAAAGCUACAGAGACCGGCUCAAGGCAAAGCUCUCGCUACAACUUCUUGGACAAGCCAAAAAUGACUGAGCAUCUGCUGGAGCAGCAGCAGAUGAUGAAAGGCGGUUCGGUCAUCGGCUUGCGUCCGGGUGCGACACCUCCCCCACCAGGACUCUUUGGUAACGGUCAGCGUGAGGGACAAGAGAUUCUGUCAAUGGUCUCUGGUGGCCGUUCGAAAGGUAUAUACUAGUGAUCUCUGACCACUUGUGGCCGAUGUUUGGAUGCUGAUUGCGCAGUGCCUCUUUCAAGUAAAGAGCCCCCACUUCUAGGUAACCCGUAUAUGGCUCCAUCAUCAAGUUUACAAGUUCAAUCACAAGGUGCGUAUACCAAUGCCAAAGAGUGAACGGAGGUAGACAGUAUCGGUGUGAUUUGGGCUUGUAUUAUUGUAUUUUAGUCUCAACGGCAUGCAUAUCAAGAUCUGUAGCUGCUUUGCCAGUUCUCUUAGUCCAAUAAUUACAUUUU